UAAUUGUUUACUGCGAGGAGAUAUCCAACUGCAGUUGAAGUAUUUGCUUUUCUUUCAUGUAAAACCUCUAAGAAAAUAUAUUUAUUAAUUAUUCCUCUUGAUUUUGAUGACACUAGCGUACUCUACUAAGUCAAAUACACACCUUGACGUUAUGUAUGUCAACUCAAGCUUAAAAAUUUCAUGCUGUACGCUUUGUGUGUGUUUUAUAAGAAUAUCUUGAAUUAACUUUUUAUACACCGCAGCGUCAUCAUCAGUUACACGAUGGUGGAAAAUGCUUCUUUUUUGAAGACAUACACUGACGCCUAGCGGAUGAAUCCUUCUUUGCCCUAUCUUGACAGGAGGGUCGUGAUGCGGUUUAGUGACGGCGGAGGGAUAUGCUGAGUGACAAAGGGGAAAAAAGAUGCGAUAUAAUUACUGGAAAGAUAGCAACCGCGCGGCUGAAGGGACCAUGUGGUAUUAAAUACAAGAAAAAUUAAGAUUUGCUGAAGCUGUAAAGUUAACGUUUUAUUUAUUCGGGUUGGGGGGGGGGAAGAGAGUACAAAGUCUCCACUUCGGCGGAAUAAAACUCGGGAGAAGCAUGGAGAGGAAAAGGUGGGAGUGCUCGGCUCUCCCCAAGGGCUGGAAAAGGGAAGAAGUGACCAGAAAGUCGGGUUUGUCUGCGGGGAAAAGCGAUGUCUAUUAUUUUAGCAGAAGCGAGGAAGAGGAGGAGGAACAGAGGCGAGGAAGGGGGGAGGCGGGUCGUGUGUAUAGCUUGUGCCCAGCUGGCAAGAAGUUCCGGAGCAAGCCACAGCUGGCCCGUUACCUGGGCAACUCCAUGGACCUGAGCUCCUUUGACUUCCGCACCGGAAAGAUGUUGAUGAGUAAACUGAACAAGAAUCGACAGAGAGUUCGCUAUGAUAACAACAACCAGACAAAGGGAAAGCCUGACCUGAACACGUCAUUGCCAGUGCGACAAACUGCAUCCAUCUUCAAACAGCCUGUCACCAAGGUCACCAAUCACCCCAGCAACAAGGUGAAGACAGACCCCCAGAAAGCAAUCGACCAGCCAAGACAGCUGUUCUGGGAGAAGAAGCUUAGCGGCUUGAAUGCUUUUGACAUCGCGGAGGAGUUGGUGAAAACUAUGGACCUUCCCAAGGGCCUUCAAGGAGUGGGCCCGGGGUGUACGGACAAGACCCUGCUUUCGGCCAUCGCCAGUGCCCUGCACACCAGUGCUGCUCCCAUUACGGGCCAGUUGUCGGCCGCCGUGGAGAAGAACCCGGGGGUGUGGCUCAACACAUCGCAGCCCCUCUGCAAAGCCUUCAUAGUGACGGAUGAAGAUAUCAGGAAGCAGGAGGAGCUGGUGUACAGCGUGAGGAAGAAGCUAGAGGAGGCGCUGAUGGCUGACAUGCUGGCCCACGUGGAGGAGGCGUCCAACGACGGGGAUACGCUCAAAGAGGAGGGGAGCGGAAACGACGACAUGGAAACGGUAUAGCAGAGGACUGGAGGGUGCAGUAGGGCUGCCUGGAACGCAGGAUUACCCCUAGUUCUUCACAGGACCCCGACCAAGACCCCUGUACCAAACCAACAAAACACUGCUGUCCCUUUCCCUGCCUCGUCUCCCUGACUCUGCCUCGUCUCCCUUUCCCUGCCUCAUCUCCCUGACUCUGCCUUGUCCUCAGCCUUUGACCCAGCACAGCAUGGAGACAUCUGGCCUCACUGCUAGGAAAGUCUCCAGUUACAAUCCUGAAUCAAAUUGAUUAGUUACAUAAUAUGAAUCUUUCAUUUUAAAUAAUAUUUUAAGGUGCAAAGUAAUGGGAGAAGUUUACAGUAGGUCUGCAAAAUCAGUGUUUUUUUUUUUCUUUUAGUUUGACUUUUUAUAUACAUUUGCUUUUAUGGACUAGGAUGGUAACUGUGUUAACUAGGAAUGGUAUUAUGACAAUCUUGUCAACUGUAUCCAACCCAUAUGCACAAACUUUCUUGUAAGAAAGACUUUUAAGAAGUGUGUGUUAAAAAAUUGACAUCCAAAUUUCUGACGACCGACUGGUUAUAUCUUGCCCCAUUUCUUUUUGGACUUUUCUUCCAACCAAUGAGAUGUUAAGAGAGUGCAGUGCGUUUUUUUUUUUUUUUUGGAUGGGGAGGGGGGUGUCCUAGUAUUCCAGCUUUCUCCAGAUGUAAAGGAAGGACUUGAAUGACUGAAAGAGGGGGGGGGAGGGGGGGUAACAAAGUGCCACUUUUUUUUUUUUUUUAAGCAUUUGUGUGAUUUGAUUACAAAAUAAACUUAAUAUUGGGCAUGAAGGUGAUAAUGACCGUUGUUUCGUAAUGGUUGCCAAAAUGUAUAUUCUUUUUUUUUUUUUUUUUUUUCAAAGAAACUUAAUCACAUUUUAGAUAUUAACUAUCCUGCGCAGUCAGUCUGAUCUACAGCUUGGUAGGAUCUCACCUUACGGUGCACACCGUCCAUAUUUAUUUCCAAUGUUCUCAUGCCCCCAAUUAUGACUUAAUGGAUUUUUGGCUUGUUUAAUAAAUUGGGCUCUUUAUGGCAGUACGGUAUAUCCCAGUCCCCAGUUGUCAUCGCAUUAUUCUGUAUUUGCUUACAGUCUGCUUUGUCCUUGGAGCAUGCAGACUCCUUUUAUUAGGUAUUAUACCUCUCAAUCAACACAUCCAUCCUGUUUUAACAUCCAGUCUGUUAUGUUAUAAAUUAUUGUGAACUUUGUCCCAUCACAAGUGCUGCUUCCUCUGUCCAUCACUUAAGCUCGAUGAAAGUAAUAGUAAAAAACAAACAUUUGUUAAUUCUCCCUCAGUUAAUCUGCACCUUGGCAAAACCUGAUGAAAGACAAUGGUUGGAACACUUUUAAAUAUUGAUUUUUUAACAGUUACACCUUUUUUUAAAAAAAAGUUUUCUUUUUCCAGUUGAUCCACCCAUUACCAUGUUGGUCUACAUUUGUAAAACUGCGUGACUGAUUAAAAUGUUUGUGUAUAUCCAA